AUGUCAUCGUUUGAAGUUGUGAAAGGAUAUGAUGUGGAACAACUCGUUACUUUUUUACGAGAAAAGAACCUUGGCCUUAAGAAGAAAGAAUAUAAAAUUUUUCGUAGGGAAAGAGUUAAUGGUCGUCAAUUUCUUCUAUUGACCAGAGAAAAACUUCUUGCCGAUCCUUAUAAAUUUCCUGGGGGACCGACUGAAGAUCUUGCGGAGCUUAUCGAUGAGUUAAAUAAGCAAAUCAUCUUUCAGGGCAGUUUAUUUUCGUAG